AAUAUUUAUUUAAUGAGAGCCUCCAAAUGAGCUCUGACUCUGAGUUCGCUUAAAGAAAGUAAACUGGAGGGUCUCUUGAUGUGUUGAAGCAUCAUUUUGUUCGCCGAAGCAAUGGAUUCUGCGCUUCUUGUGUCCUUUCCAAAUGCUUCUGUAGGUGGGAACGGUUGGAGAAGGGGCAAUCUCAACAAGAGCUUUUCAAGUUCAUAUGCAGCAGUCAGAGUUUCAAGAAGCAGAGCAUGGGACAUCUUGGAAAGAUAUUGUGGUGUUGGGUCUCAGCAAUAUCUUUUGAAGCAUCACACCAGAAACACUAAGGAAAAAUCUGCAUUCUACAGGAGGCAUGGUAAAAGGUUGUUGGUGAAUGCUACUGCUGGUCACCCUCUUGAAUCCGAACCUGGAGCUUAUAAUUCGAAAAGCAUUCGGAACUCUAUCAAAAAUGCCAUAGAUGCUUUUUACAGGUUUUCAAGGCCGCACACAGUUAUAGGCACAGCAUUGAGCAUAAUUUCAGUUUCUCUCCUUGCAGUCGAGAAUCUGUCAGAUUUUUCACCUGUAUUUUUCACAGGGGUGCUGGAGGCUGUAGUUGCUGCUCUCUUUAUGAAUAUUUACAUUGUUGGUUUGAAUCAGUUGUCUGACAUUGAUAUAGACAAGGUUAACAAGCCUUAUCUUCCAUUGGCAUCAGGGGAAUAUUCAGUUGGGACUGGCAUCAUGAUUGUGACAUCUUUUCUAAUUCUGAGUUUUUGGCUUGGAUGGGUUGUUGGUUCAUGGCCAUUGUUUUGGGCCCUUUUCAUCAGUUUUGUCCUUGGAACUGCUUAUUCAAUCAAUUUGCCACUAUUGAGAUGGAAGAGAUCUGCUGUGGUUGCGGCAAUGUGCAUCCUAGCUGUUCGGGCAGUGAUAGUUCAACUUGCUUUUUUCCUGCACAUGCAGAUCCAUGUGUACAAAAGGCCAGCUGCCUUCUCUAGGCCACUAAUUUUUGCAACUGCAUUUAUGAGCUUCUUCUCAGUUGUUAUAGCAUUAUUUAAGGACAUACCUGAUAUUGAUGGAGAUAAAAUAUUCGGCAUUCGGUCUUUUACAGUACGUCUGGGACAAAAGCGGGUCUUUUGGAUUUGUAUUUCGCUACUUGAAAUGGCUUAUGGUGUUGCCGUUUUAGUGGGAGCAUCAUCCGGCUUCCUGACGAGCAAAUGCAUCACGGUUUUGGGACAUGCAAUUUUGGCGUCGAUACUCUGGAACCGAGCCAAAUCUGUUGAUCUCAACAGCAAAGCUGCAAUAACAACCUUUUACAUGUUUAUAUGGAAGCUCUUCUAUGCUGAGUAUCUACUUAUACCACUUGUUAGAUGAGGAUGACAACUUAUUUGAGAUCAAAGGUUGCCUUCAAAAUCUUAGAGGGAAUAAAUCAAAUGCCAUUACUGGGAUUGUUCAACAUGCAUUGUAGUUUGACAAUACAAUUGGGAACCUAUGAGUUUAUGCAAUCACUCAAUUCAUUAUCUUCA